UUGUCCAGAUCUGUCAUGCGGACAGCAGAGAACAUCUCACAGAACGCCCUGCAGUCAUCUUCCUCCUCUGGGAAUGGUCGCCUAGAGCAGAAGGCAGCCACAAUCACAAGGCCCUCGCUGUUCAAACUGAGCAUGCAGAAUCCAGAGGGCGGAUCAGAAUCAGCGACCUCCGUGGCAUUACGUGCAUCGGCGUCUGCUCAGGCCCCAGUCGUUCAGCCUGUGGCAGCCUCCCAGCAGGUACAACCUGUUCAGCAUGUCUAUCCAACCCAGGUCCAAUAUGUGGAAGGAGGAGAUACCGUCUACACCAAUGGAGCCAUACGAACUGCCUAUUCCUACAACACUGAAGCUCAGAUUUAUGCCCCUAGCAGUGCUGCUUCCUACUUUGAGUCACCAGGAGGUGGAGCUCAGGUGACUACUGUGGCAUCCUCUCCAUCAGCCAUUCCUUCUCACAGUAUGGUGGGCAUCACCAUGGACGUUGGGGGGAGUCAGAUCAUCUCCAGCUCAGGAGCCUAUCUCAUUCAUGGGGGGAUGGAUAACACUAGACAUUCUCUGUCCCAUACUUCACGUUCAUCUCCAGCAACGCUUGAAAUGGCGAUUGAAAACCUACAAAAAAAUGAAGGGAUUACAUCACACAAAAGCAGUUUACUCAACAGCCAUCUCCAGUGGCUCCUUGAUAACUAUGAAACUGCUGAAGGUGUGAGCCUCCCAAGAAGUUCUCUUUACAACCAUUAUCUUCGGCACUGCCAGGAACACAAACUAGAUCCUGUGAAUGCUGCUUCCUUUGGAAAACUAAUUCGAUCUGUGUUUGUGGGGCUGAGAACCCGAAGGUUGGGAACAAGGGGGAAUUCCAAAUAUCAUUAUUAUGGGAUUCGUCUAAAGCCAGACUCGCCACUGAAUCGAUUACAGGAAGACACACAAUACAUGGCGAUGAGGCAGCAGCCAAUACACCAGAAGCAAAGAUACAGGCCUGCACAGAAAAUGGACGGGCUUGGGGAAAGUGGCUCUAACAGCAAUUUACACGCCACACCUGAGCAGUCAGUAGCUGCCCAGAGCCAACAUCAUCAGCAGUUCAUAGAUGUUUCCCAUGUCUUUCCAGAGUUUCCAGCUCCUGACCUAGGCAGUGUAUUCUUACAGGAGGGGAUAACUGUGAAUGACAUAAAGACCCUACAGCUUCUUUACAGAAGACACUGUGAGGCAACUUUGGAUGUUGUAAUGAAUCUUCAGUUUCACUACAUUGAGAAGCUGUGGCUGUCAUUCUGGAGUUCAAAACCACCCUCGGGUGACGGCUCUACUGCUCUGCCUUCCAGUGAAGAAGAACAUGAAGUUGCUGUCAUCCCAAAGGACAAGCUUAUUACACUGUGUAAAUAUGACCCUAUAUUAAAGUGGAUGAGAAAUUGUGAUCACAUACUGUAUCAGGCUCUGGUGGAGAUUCUCAUCCCCGAUGUGCUGAGACCAGUGCCCAGUACCUUAACACAGGCAAUCCGAAAUUUCGCAAAGAGCUUAGAAGGCUGGUUGACAAAUGCUAUGAGUGAUUUUCCCCAGCAGAUCAUUCAAACAAAGGUUGGAGUAGUGAGUGCCUUUGCGCAGACUCUGCGGAGAUACACAUCCCUGAACCACCUUGCUCAGGCGGCCCGGGCAGUCCUCCAAAACACUUCCCAGAUAAACCAGAUGCUAAGUGACCUAAAUCGAGUGGACUUUGCCAAUGUGCAGGAACAAGCCUCAUGGGUGUGCCAGUGUGAAGAGAGUGUAGUACAGAAGCUGGAGCAGGAUUUCAAGCUGACUUUGCAACAGCAGAGCUCACUGGAUCAGUGGGCCACAUGGCUCGAUAAUGUUGUCACCCAGGUUCUAAAGCACCAUGCUGGCAGCCCCAGUUUCCCCAAGGCAGCGAGACAAUUCCUGCUUAAAUGGUCCUUUUACAGCUCCAUGGUGAUUCGCGAUCUCACCUUGCGUAGUGCUGCCAGUUUUGGUUCCUUUCACCUGAUUCGCCUGCUGUAUGAUGAAUACAUGUUUUAUCUGGUUGAACAUCGAGUCGCUGAGGCAACAGGAGAGACGCCAAUUGCUGUGAUGGGAGAGGUGCGAGCUCUUUCCAUCAAGUUCAAUGAUCUUGCCUCCCUGUCACUGACACUGCUAGAUAAAGAUGACAUCAGUGAUCUCAGCAGUGAAACAGACACAGAUGCCCGCGGUCUGAGUGAGCCUCUGGUGAAGCGGGAGCGCGGUGACCCUAAUCACUCCCUACAGGACAUCUAGCACUUUGAUUUGUUUUUGAGCAGAAGAAAUUUCACAGGAUUUCAAAGGAUCUGGGUUAGGAAUUCCUGAAACUUGGAUUUUAUAGGACUCCACUCUAUUAGUGCCUCUUAGAUUAUGUAAAUGUUUACUUCUACUCAAGGAAGGGCUUCUGAAAAGGGGUCUGUACGUGUAUAAAGGAUGCAGUAUUUUUUGAGAGGGAAAGCAGUUUUAAAAUAUUGUAGAAAUUCAGAUUGGGAAGGUGCUUCCUUCCCACUGAGUAAAAAUGUACACAUAGUACAUUGUGGAGAGAGAGAGAGAGAGAGAGAGAGAGAGAGAGAGAGAGAGAGAGAGAGAGAGAGAGAGAGAGAGAAUGAGAAUGGAUUCCGAGUUAAGUAGUCUGUACUUCUGUUACUUCAGGUAAUGUUUCCAUCACUGUGAAUAAAUUGCUUCCUUUGUUGGCAUUCUGAAAUGUCGGUGCCCAGUCCCAGCCAGAGUGACAGCUGCUUUAGGAUGACUGGGGCACUGUGAGUUGGUCAGCGCCUUCUAGCGGUUCUUAUUCCUCUGUGCACACAUUUCUGCUGCAGCCUUGACUAGUUUUCACUGUGGUAGAAGCAGCUCAGGCAAAGUGUGAGAAGUGACAGAUUUUCUGGUUUCCCUAUCGGGCCUGUAAGGAGAAGUUCUCUGGCCCACAUUUGGGAAGCAGAACCAUAUGUUUUACUGUACUUAUGUGGCCUAAAAGGAGGCCCUGGCCUCUCUGCUUCCUUGUUGAGGGGCGUUUUAUGGGAAGAAUUAAUCUGCCCAUCUGGCUGCCUUUUUUUUUUUUAAACUGGGAAGUUUAUUUUGCUGUAGGAGAGACAGGCAAACUUUCUAGAAUUCAGAUAGACUCAAUAUAUGUAUGAGGAGGUUUCUGUUUGACUCUAGAUACCAAAGGAUUUGCUAGAAGUAGCAGCUAACCAACAAGUCCUGUACUUCAGCUUCAGCAGCUCUCAAGCCAGGUGGCACAAAGACAAAAUUACAGAAUUAGAGCACAUAGAUUUUUCUUGUUUCUAGAAAAAGAACAGUUCCUAAGCUUCAAUUGUUGGUUUUAUUUUAUUGGGAAGAAGAGUGAUUUUUAAAAAAAAUUUGUUACAGGUCAUGUUUACCAUCAUGCCAAAUUGCUAAGUGUCUGAAAUGAGAUUUUUACCAAAUCUGUGAGCUAAGGGGGUAGUGGGUGGGGGUGGGUUAUCAGUGUUAUAGGGCAGUGCCUUAGUGAGGACCAACUAGCCUGCUUUAUUUUCCAUUUCUAGUUGAUAUUCAAACAGAUGUGCCUGUUACUCAUAAUACAAAAUCUGAAUCUAUCUCCUUUCCCCCUCAUUAAUUGCCAAGGACUGCUUUGAGCUAAUGACACUGUAGCAAUCUGAUGUGGGGAAACCACCGUCUUUGUAUUGUCUCAGUACAUAAAUGUUCUCCUUUGUGGAAGAAGAACACAAAUGCCUUUGCGGUCUUGAACUUCAAAAUUUUGUAAAACAUUAACAUUUGCAUUAUUGGUUAGCUCCAUGGUAACAAUUUUGUGCCAAAAACCAAAUUGCAAAAAAAAAAAAAAAGGUCAAACCUGGUUUAGCAUUACAUUAUGAAAGGUAAUAGGUUUUUUUUUUCCUGGAAAUAUGUUUAUACUGAUAGUUUUGUGCUCUGAUGAUUUUCAGGAUUUUCUUAUAAAUGUGUAUAUUUGAGUAUAUUCUGUCCCAAAUAUUCUCCUAUUAAUGCAGAAGGUACUAACGAAACUCAGAUGGCCUUUUUAAAAUGACUUCAUGAGAAGUGCAAGAUGUGUAUGUUGACAGGGCUCUUUACAUUCCUAAGUCUAUGUGGGCUUGUACAGGAAGACUAGGGGGUAAAGAAAACACAUUUUUAUUUCAGAAAAUCUGUAAUAAUUACAGGGUUGUCUGGUUGGAUGCUUCAAGAUCUAUAAUGAAGCAGGCCAAAAGAAUGUUUUGUUUUGUUUUUUAGAAAUCUAUCCCUUUUCCUAGAAGAAAUUUAUGCUAAUUUUUUAUGGAAUGUGAUGAAUUGGUUUUUCUUUCAUGUGUGGUAACCCAACAGAAAUGAACUUCUGCCUCAUGAUACAUCUAUUCCUUUACAACAGUUCUAACAAGCAAAGAUUAAGAGUCAAGCACGGGUGUAUACCACAGUGACAUAUAUUUGAUUAGCUCUUUUGAUAAAUGCCAAAACUGAUGUGCACAAAAAUCUCAUUGACACUUUCAUUUUUAAUAGCAAUAAACAUAUUGAAUGUGCCCAUCUUGGAGAUAACCUUC